AUGAAAGAAACAGAGAAAAUAAUAACAUCUCUUAAGGCUAAAAUUCUCAAUGUUGAGAUCAAAAUAACAGCUUGGUUAUGUAAUGUUGGGUCUCAGCAGAGUAGUAAGGAAAGAAGGUCGAACACAUGUGUCUUAAACUUCACAGAUGUGCAACUACCGAAGGAAGUGGAAAGUAUAUUGAAUUUAGAACCAGGUUUUGGUAUUCCUUUAACCCCUAGACAAGUUCCAGUAGGAGUGUUGAUUAAAGAUCUGGAAAAUGGUUUAAGAUUUGUAGAUAUAGCUGGUAGUGAUUUAAAAACAGUGAAAGAAGAACAAAAUAACAUAAGAUCUAAAGCAGUGUAUUUGAUUUCUAACUAUUACAGGAGGAAUCGUAGGAAGCAGAGUACGAGAAUUACAACAGAUUUUAAGACAACGAAAUACUUCUUGAAAGAACACUCAGAUUUAAUUAUAACGAGAUCGGAUAAAGAUGGUAAUACUGUAAUUAUGUAUGAGGAAGAGUAUCUAAAAGAAAUGUAUAAAUUAUUAGAAGACAAGGAUACAUAUUUACAUCUUAAUAAGGAUCCAACUAGUAAAUAUGAGAAAAUGGCUAAUGAUUUAGUGGCUAAAUUAAAAAGAAAUUUAAUUAUCUCAGAAGGUCUUGAGAAAGAAUUCAAAAGCUACAAUUCAGUGUCACCGAAACUUUAUGGAUUGAGAAAAACUCACAAACCAGGGUGUGUUAUGAGACCUGUAGUGAGCUCAAUAAAAUCUCCAUGUUACAAAAUAGCUAGAUUUCUACAUCAAAUAUUAUCAACAUCUUUAGCAUCAAAAUUUGUAUUCUCUAUAAAAAAUUCUUUUGAGUUCGUGAAGUUUAUAAAAGAGGUUAAAUUACCAAAAGAUUAUGUUUUAGUGUCACUGGAUGUAGUGGCGCUUUUCACUAACAUCUCUAAACAACUUGUGAAAGACAUAAUAAAUGAGGACUGGCACGAACUAGCAGGAUUAAUAAAAAUACCAAAAGACAUGUUGUUGGAAGUAAUACAAUUUUGUUUUGAUUCGAGCUAUCUACAAUUCAAUGGAACUUGUUACCAACAGCUUGACGGUUCCAGCAUGGGCAACCCAGCUAGCCCAAUAUUAGCCAACAUAGUAAUGGAUCACAUACUUAAAAGGAUAAUGAAGCUUCUACCUUUUCCAGUCCCUUUUUUGAAGGUUUAUGUCGACGAUACUAUCUUAUCUAUUCCAGAAGAUAAAGUGGACUCAAUUUUAGACAUCUUUAAUAGUGUAAAUAAAAAAAUUCAGUUUACCAUGGAAAUUGAGAAAGAGAAUAGGUUACCAUUUUUGGAUGUGGUGGUAAUAAGGAAAGAUGAUGGUUCAUUAUUGACUGACUGGUACAUUAAACCAACUAGCUCUGUUGCUGAUGAAGUCCAAAUAAAGGACGAAACGUUCAACAAAGAUCAAAUAAUGGUUUGA